AUGCAUUUAUUAAAGCUCUCUGUGUCCUUGCUUGUAUCCCUUGCUGUUUCAUGUGUUCAAGCGGCCCGGGUUCCUCAAUACCAACAAUUACCCCCACUUCGCGAGCAAGCUGCAAUUCAAGAUGCGUGGACCGUAGAGCGGGUGUCAAACGUUCCACAGUUGUUGAGGAAAUAUGAAGUCGAUGCUUGGCUGAUGAGCCAAAAAGAAUAUGCUGAAGAUACCGUGUUCUGGUCUCUCAAGUCAGCUACUCAAUUUUCGGCACGACGCAGGACUGUGGACUUAUUCCUCGCCAAUACCGUUGAAGAUGCCUCUUUUUCAUAUAACUGGAUUGAUAAUACUCCAGAAGUAUGGUCUGAACUUCGUUCCGUUCUAGAGGCGCAUAAUGUUUCUUCCAUUGCAGUCAACGCGGACACCGAUGUCGCAUUUAGCAGUGGUCUGCAUGUUGGCGAAUUUGGGAAAAUCGUCCAAGAGCUGGGACCUGAAUGGGAAAAGAAGCUUGUUGUGGAGCCGAUGGUGGGUGUCGAAUUUAUUGGAACUAUGGUGCCUGGUCGGCUUGAGUGGUAUCGUCGUUUGCAAGAGACGGCUUGGGCCAUCAUCACAGAAGCCUUCAGCGAGGCAGUCAUUGAGCCAGGAAUUACUACCACAGAUGAUGUCCGCUGGUGGAUGCGAGACAAAAUCCAACAGCUGAACUAUACUACCUGGUUUAUGCCCGAUGUUUCUAUUUUAAAUGCUGAAGAUCCAUUUGGCGACCACCCAAUGACAACAGAUCGAGAAGUUAUACAAUAUGGUGAUCUCCUUCACUGCGAUUUUGGGGUCACGGCCCUUGGGUUAAAUACAGAUACUCAGCAUAUGGCAUAUGUUCUUUACCCAGGGGAAUCCGAGGAUGAUAUCCCGGAAGGCUACAUUGGAGGAUUGAAGCAAGUGAAUCGACUACAAGAUAUUGUCAAAUCUAAUAUGAAGGUCGGCACCACGGGGAAUGACAUAUUAAAGACUAGCCUGAAACAGAUGAGAAAUGAGGGUUUCGAUGGAAAGAUAUAUUGCCAUCCAAUUGGAGACUGGGGACACUCCGCUGGAACCCUUAUUGGUAUGUUUAAUUUACAAGAAGGUGUUGAAGUUCUUGGCGACCUCCCUCUGUUGGACAACACGUACUACAGCGUUGAGCUGUAUGCUGAAUACUUCGUAGCGGAACGUAAUCAGACGAUGAACUUUUAUCAGGAAGAGGACGUGUAUUGGAACGACGAGAUAAAAGAUUGGGAUUGGGUGUGGGGAAGGCAGGAGAAAUUCCACCUCGUCCGACCACCAGUGGAUAGGGUGUUUCGUGUGCAAGGACCAUGA